GGUUCGGCGGGAGCGGGGGACAGCGGCGGCGGCGCCAUGAUCAAGAAGUUUGACAAGAAGGACGAGGAGGCCGGUAGUGGCUCUAAUCCAUUCCAGCACUUGGAGAAGAGUGCCGUGCUCCAGGAGGCACGUAUCUUUAAUGAAACCCCUAUAAAUCCAAGAAGAUGCCUCCACAUACUUACCAAGAUCCUUUACCUGCUGAACCAGGGUGAGCACUUUGGAACCACUGAAGCCACAGAAGCUUUUUUCGCAAUGACCAGAUUGUUUCAAUCUAAUGAUCAAACCCUUAGAAGAAUGUGUUACCUUACAAUCAAAGAGAUGGCCAAUAUCUCUGAAGAUGUCAUCAUUGUCACCAGCAGUUUGACCAAAGACAUGACAGGGAAGGAAGACGUUUACCGAGGCCCAGCCAUCAGAGCUCUGUGCAGGAUCACUGAUGGUACAAUGUUACAAGCCAUUGAGAGAUACAUGAAACAAGCCAUUGUGGACAAAGUCCCCAGCGUGUCCAGUUCUGCACUGGUGUCUUCCUUACAUAUGAUGAAGAUCAGUUAUGACGUUGUAAAACGGUGGAUCAACGAGGCUCAGGAAGCAGCUUCUAGUGACAACAUUAUGGUACAGUAUCAUGCUCUGGGGCUGCUCUAUCACCUUAGGAAAAACGAUCGCCUCGCAGUUUCCAAGAUGCUGAAUAAGUUCACAAAAUCCGGACUGAAAUCCCAGUUUGCCUACUGCAUGCUGAUCCGAAUUGCAAGCAAGCUCCUGAAAGAAUCUGAAGAAGGACAUGACAGCCCCUUGUUUGAUUUCAUCGAGAGCUGCCUACGAAAUAAGCACGAGAUGGUUAUUUACGAAGCCGCCUCCGCAAUCAUCCACCUCCCAAACUGCACGGCGAGGGAGCUGGCGCCUGCUGUUUCAGUGCUGCAGCUUUUCUGUAGUUCUCCCAAACCCGUCUUGAGAUACGCAGCUGUACGGACCCUUAACAAAGUGGCCAUGAAGCAUCCCUCUGCCGUAACCGCCUGCAACCUGGACCUGGAAAACCUCAUCACGGACUCCAACCGCAGCAUCGCUACUCUCGCCAUCACCACGCUGCUGAAGACAGGGAGUGAGAGCAGUGUGGACAGGCUCAUGAAACAGAUCUCUUCCUUCGUGUCAGAAAUAUCAGAUGAGUUUAAGGUAGUUGUAGUGCAGGCUAUCAGUGCUUUGUGCCAGAAAUACCCCCGGAAGCACAGCGUGAUGAUGACCUUCCUCUCCAACAUGCUCAGGGAUGAUGGUGGCUUUGAGUACAAGCGAGCCAUCGUGGACUGCAUCAUCAGCAUCAUCGAGGAGAAUCCUGAGAGCAAGGAGUCGGGCUUGGCUCAUCUCUGCGAGUUCAUCGAGGACUGCGAGCACACCGUCCUGGCCACCAAGAUCCUGCACCUGCUGGGGAAAGAGGGCCCCAGGACUCCGUCCCCCUCCAAGUACAUCCGCUUCAUAUUCAACAGGGUGGUGCUGGAGAACGAGGCUGUGCGAGCUGCUGCUGUGAGUGCCCUCGCCAAGUUUGGUGCCCAGAAUGAGAAUCUUCUUCCGAGCAUCUUGGUGCUUUUGCAGAGGUGCAUGAUGGACAGCGAUGAUGAAGUUCGGGACAGAGCAACGUUCUACUUGAAUGUUCUACAGCAAAGACAGAUUGCACUGAAUGCUGCAUAUAUUUUCAAUGGGUUGACCGUCUCUGUACCUGGCAUGGAGAAAGCCCUGCAUCAAUAUACACUGGAGCCUUCGGACAAGCCUUUUGAUAUGAAAACAGUUCCACUGGCUACUGCACCAAUUUUUGAACAGAAAGCAGAGAUUGCCCUAGUGACCAGCAAGCCUGAGAAAGUUGCUCCUUCACGUCAGGAUAUAUUCCAAGAACAACUGGCAGCCAUUCCUGAGUUUAAGAACUUGGGUCCAUUAUUCAAGUCUUCAGAACCAGUGCAGCUCACGGAAGCAGAAACAGAGUAUUUUGUUCGUUGUAUUAAACACGUGUUCACAAACCAUGUCGUUUUCCAGUUUGACUGCACCAACACUUUAAACGAUCAGCUGUUAGAGAGAGUCACUGUGCAGAUGGAGCCGUCGGACGCUUACGAUGUGAUUUGUUGCAUCCCAGCACCCAACCUUGCUUACAACCAGCCAGGAAUGUGUUACACGCUUGUCCAGCUGCCCCAGGAUGACCCCACUGCAGUUGCUUGUACCUUCAGUUGCACUAUGAAGUUCACCGUUCGAGACUGUGACCCAAACACGGGCGUUCCCGAGGAGGAUGGCUACGAUGAUGAGUAUGUGUUGGAAGACUUGGAGGUGACCGUGUCCGAUCAUAUUCAGAAGGUCUUGAAGCCCAACUUUGCAGCUGCAUGGGAAGAAGUAGGAGACAACUUUGAGAAAGAAGAAACCUUUGCACUCAGCUCCAUCAAAACCCUUGAUGAAGCUGUCAGUAACAUCAUCAAGUUCUUGGGCAUGCAGCCAUGCGAGAGAUCAGAUAAAGUGCCAGAGAACAAAAAUUCCCACACACUCUAUUUAGCCGGUGUGUACAGAGGUGGCCACGAUGUCCUGGUGAGAUCCAGGCUUGCGCUAGGAGAUGGAGUGACGAUGCAGGUGACAGUUAGGAGCAAGGAGGAGAUGCCUGUCGACGUUAUCCUGGCUUCUGUGGGCUAAAUGUCACAGCACCGAGAUGGGAAUAUCCUAGGAAGCCCCAUCCGGUGUCUCCCGGAUGUCAAGCAGCCUGUCUGUCCUUCUGCAUGUAGUUUUUAUUCCUCAAUUUGGUAAAUAUUUUGUAUGAUGUUACAGUAGUGGCUGGCUGAUACUGAGCCUUUUCCAUGCCCCUUCUUCCCUCAUUGCCACUUACACAUUCCCGUCUAACUUAUUGCAUCUCCGGCCGCUUGCAGUUGCCGCGGGGAAGGAUUAGGAUGUGUAGAAAGCUGGUAAGAAAAUGCAAUCAAACUUUUGUCAAAAAUGAUUUUUAU